AGGAGGAGGAGGAUCGAGGGAGUGCUAUCUCCGGAGCUUCUUCUUCUUCUUUGUCAGUCUUCGAGGCUUUAACAUGACUCCCACGGAGACUCUUGUGUGUCUGAACCUGCUCCUGGUGCUCCCUGUUGCUGCUCAGAGGACCAGUGCUCGGUGGCCGGUUCCCUACAGACGGUUUGAUCGUCGCCCCGCUGCGGACUCUUACUGUGAAGCUCUCUACCCGUUCUGUCCCACCGGAGACCGGGAUGGACGCGUUCCAUACAUGAGAGACAGCGACGUCAUCUCCGUUUACCGACUGCAAACACCUGUGUGGGAAUUCAAGUAUGGAGAUUUGUUGGGGAAAGUUCAUAUCAUGCACGAUGCCGUUGGGUUCAGCAGUUCAGAAACAGGGGCCAACUACACCAUGGAGUGGUACGAGCUGUUCCAGCUGGGUAACUGCACCUUCCCUCAUGUCAGGCCCGACGUGUCCGCACCUUCCUGGUGCAACCAGGGAGCCGCCUGCUUCUUUGAGGGGAUCGAUGACUUACACUGGUCUCAAAACGGCACCUUGGAGAAAAUAGGAGAGCUCACUGGGAGCCAGUUCAAUGACAUGGCCCAGUGGGUCCAGAACGACAACAACACGGGGAUCUACUACGAGACGUGGACAGUUCGCUCCGACCCCGGCCCUAACGCCACAGUGUGGUUCGAGUCUUACGACUGCUCCCAGUUUGUCCACCGCACAUACAGGAAACUGACCGAGCUGGGAGCCAAACUGUCCAGCAGAUCACCGACCAACUACACCAAGAUCUACCUGUACAGCGGAGAGCCCACCUACCUGGGCAACGACAGUGCCAUAUUUGGACAGCCUGCUCUGAAGAAUCUGGCAGUGGACAUCCGUAAAUUCUACCACACAUUCAGACCACACCAGUCGUUUACUGAUUUCGCCAUCAGUCUGUUGGAGGCUUAUAAAAAGGUUGUGCUGGACAAGAGCUUCUACCUCUACUACAACUUUGAGUACUGGCAUCUGCCCAUGAAGCCUCCCUAUUUGAAGAUUACAUAUGAAGAAGUGCCUUUGCCUUAACAUAAAGCUUUCACUUGUGUUUUCCUGAAAAUAAUUAUUUUCAUUAAUGCUAAAUCUGUUUGUUUUUUGGGGGAUUAAUUGACUCUUCAAAAGCCAAAGAUGUUAACAAUAAUACGUACAGAGAAAAGCAGAAAAAAUCUUCAUAUUGAAGAAUUUGAAAAGUUGUUGGUGAUCAAAGUAACCUUUAGGCUCUUUAAUGCAUUUCAUUACUCGUAAAACAUUUACAAAGCGAUUUAUUUUAAAUAUACCCAACAGUUUACUUCCAUUUGUCAGCUUGCGGUCUUCUUCUUCCCUGCCUGUGUUGGUGCGUUGCUGCAUUUGAGGACAUACUGUAUGUACAAAGUCAUUCUUUAUAUAUAUAUAUAUAUAUA